CUUCAGUAGUUUUGGUGUUAGUCUAAACUCAACACCAAACCUACCAAGAAGUUUACCAAUUGGAACUGCAUUUAGGAGUCUUAAAGUGUAAAAGAAACAUGACCUUUCAUGAAAAACAACAUACAAUAGAAGAAGAAAAAGGAAAUGGAUUUGGAGAUCCAUAUUCAGCGGAUGAGUACCAAUACUUACAGGCAUCACUCACUAGAAAAUUGGGCCCAGAGUAUGUUUCGCGGAGAUCUGGUCCAGGUGGAUUUUCAGUGAGCUAUAUCGAAUCUUGGAAGGCAAUUGAGCUUGCUAAUGAAAUUUUUGGAUUUAAUGGAUGGUCAUCCUCUAUAAGAAGUAUAAAUAUUGAUUUUGUUGACGAAAACAAAGAAAACGGUCGAGUGAGUUUAGGAAUAAGCGUCGUGGUUCGAGUAACUAUUAAAGAUGGAGCAUAUCAUGAGGACAUUGGUUAUGGAUCAAUAGAUAAUUGCAGAGGAAAGGGGUCAGCAUUUGAAAAGUGCAAAAAAGAGGGAACCACCGAUGCCUUAAAACGUGCCCUUCGAAACUUCGGAAACAGUCUUGGAAACUGCAUGUAUGACAAGUAUUAUCUACGAGAAAUUGGAAAAAUGAAACCUCCAGCUUAUCAGUUUGAUAGCGGCGAUUUAUUCCGUAAGUCGGAAUCUGGUUCCAGAGGAGAAUUUAUCAGAAAGAAAAAUGCUCAAAACAGGCUUAACAACAGACCAGUCAUCAAAAAUGAGGAAGGCUUUCAUCCAUCUACUGUUAAACCAAGGGAGGAAAACAGAGAUCUAGAAAUGUAUUCUGAUGAGGAGUUAGAUAAUAUAUUUGUAGAAGAUGACAUGAUUGCUCACCUAGCGGUAAAUGAUACUGGAUCUCCUGCUAAUAAAUCCUUUGAGGAGUCGGACGCGAAACCCAAACCAGAAAUGCAAAAGCCCACUACGAAAACAAUUCAACGAAACAAUACGUAUCCUAUGACAAGUAUUCCUCAGCCUAUAAACGAGAGAACGAAAUCUGCCGUCCCAAGUAUACCUUCAAAAAGCGAUGGCUUGAAUCUAAAUGGAACCUCUUCUUCAGCAAAAUUCAUUAGCGCUCGUGCUGCUGCAGCUGCAGACGGAGUUGUUUCUGCUCCUAAUUCAGCAAAUUUCAACCCCCGAUUGGAUAGUCCAUCUAUACGAAAGUCAUCCGUAGUAGAUCAUUCAAAAUCUGUUCCGGUUCAUAGGUCAGUUGUACAGCCUGUGGAAAAAAGCCAAAGUCGACCGAAUGGAAAAAUUGGCGUACCGCCUAGUGAUUCAUUCGAUCAGCAAAAAUCAUCUGGCACAAAGCGAUCUCUUCAAGAAACCAGCCUUUCUCGUCAAAAUUCAAUGGAAACAAACAAGGGAACUUCGAUUUCUGGAAUGGAAACUAAUUCAAAGCGGCCUGAAGACGACCCAGGAAUUGAUAAAAAACCUAAAACAGGCUGAUAAGGACCCGGGAAUACACUUUUUAUUCGUUUGUAUGAAAUCAUUUAAUGCUAUUUCUCCUAAGUCUAUUCUCGUUUGUUUGAUUUUUAUGAUGUUUAAGUUUAGGUAUUUUGAUUAUGUAAAUAAGUCGUCUCAGAUAAUAUUUAAUUCCUCCUUUUUGCCAUGAAUUAU